UAAAAAUUUCACUCUCUUGCCAUUUGCCAAUCGAAACGAGCUGUCCCUCCCUGCCAACCCCUUGCUGAGCUAUGGCUUCCAAACUUUUUUUUCUCAGAAGGCUCCCAAGGCUUCUGAAGCCGCCUUCUCCUUCUUCAUCUUCUUCGAUUCGUAUAUUACGUUUUUUGCUUCUAGAAUCUUCGGUAUCCGAGGCCCCUCGAUGCUCUCCUGCUUUUAGAACCUUCUCUUCUGGCCCAGUCAAUCUCGCCGACGACUUUCAAGGCCCCGCCGCCAUUGAUUACUGUUCCGUGCUACAGGAGGAUGAGUUUCACACGCUAGCUAAUUCCGCAAUACAUUAUCUUCUGGAGAAGCUGGAGGAAUAUGGUGAUCAUGUCGAAAUUGAUGGAUUUGAUGUAGACUAUGGGAAUGAGGUGUUAACCUUAAAGCUUGGGGAUCUGGGUACUUAUGUGUUGAAUAAACAAUCACCAAAUAGACAAAUUUGGUUAUUUUCCCCAGUAAGUGGUCCAUCCAGGUUUGAUUGGGAUGGGAACGCUCGAACUUGGGUUUAUAGGCGGACUAAAGCAGAUUUACUGAAACUUUUUGAAAGUGAGUUGGAGCAACUGUGUGGGCAACCCAUCAAUCUUUCUUAAGCUACUGGGAUAUCUGUGACAUUUCAUGGUUUCAAUUGGGUAUUUUUUCUCAGUACUGAUGUUUUUUGCACUUACCUCUCUUCUUUCCCUAUCUUUUGGUUUUUCAUAUAUAAAGUCUGUAUCAUCAUAGGUUUUUUAAGGAAUAUACAAAUUCAUUGUAGAUUUUCUUCUGGAUUGUAAUUGUGCACUCAAGAGCUGGAGCAUUUUUUUUCCUAGCGAAAGAGAAAUAAAAAAGUAAAAAGAUAGAGUUACUCUA